CUGCACUGCCCGGCACGGCACGGUACUGCGCCGCCUCGGGGAUCCCGGCCGCCUGCCCGCCGCGGGACCUUGGCUUUGCCCUUCGCACGGCAGGUGGCGGGGCCAGCGGAGAAGGAUGCGUCUCUUCCCGUGGGGAUUUUGGCUGCUGUGUGUCGCCUCCGCCCCGGCUCGUGGUGACAGCGGCAGCAAGGCGAGGAGCUGCUCCGAGGUCCGGCAGCUGUAUGGGGCCAAGGGCUUCAGCCUCAGCGGCGUGCCCCAGGCAGAGAUCUCCGGGGAGCACCUGCGAAUCUGCCCACAAGGCUACACCUGCUGCACCAGCGAGAUGGAGGAGAACUUCGCAAACAAGAGCCGCAGUGAAUUUGAAGCCAUGAUGAAAGAGGCCGGUCGCUCUGUGCAGACAAUCCUAACGGCGCAGCACAGAAGCUUUGACAGUUAUUUCCAGGAUUUGUUGAACAAGUCAGAAAAGGCCCUUUAUGAUGCUUUUCCAAGCAUUUAUGGAGAAUUGUACACUCAGAACAUGAAGGUCUUCAAGGACUUGUACAGUGAGCUACGCCGCUAUUACCGGGGCUCCAACAUCAACCUGGAAGAGGCUCUCAAUGAGUUCUGGACACGAUUGCUGGAGCGGCUCUUCAAACUGAUGAAUCCCCAGUACCAUAUCACAGAUGAGUACCUGGACUGCAUGGUGAAACAUGCAGAGCAGCACAAACCCUUCGGGGAAGUUCCCAGGGACCUGAAGGUGAAGGCGACCCGAGCCUUCAUCGCAGCACGCUCCUAUGCACAGGGCUUUCUCGUGGGCAGCGACGUGGUCAAAAAAGUGUCUCAGGUAUCUCUCAGCCACGAGUGCACUCGUGCCAUCAUGAAGCUGAUGUACUGCCCGCACUGCCGGGGCAUGUCCAGUGUGAAGCCAUGCAACAACUAUUGCCUGAACGUCGUCAAGGGCUGCCUGGCCAACCAAGCUGACCUGAACACUGAGUGGAAGUACCUGAUGGAUUCCCUGGCUGUGGUGGCUGAUCGCAUCGACGGACCCUACAACGUAGACACUGUAAUAGGGACCAUUCACAUGAGGAUUGCUGAAGCUAUUUCCAACUUGCAAGAAAACAAAGAUUCAAUCACAGCCAAGGUUUUCCAAGGCUGUGGAAACCCCAAAAUCAGCACAAAAGGUUCCAGCAGUGAGGACAAGAAAAGGCGGGGGAAGGUCCCAUUGGAAGCAAAAUCCUCUGCACAAGCACUGGAGAUGCUGGUUUUAGAUGCCAAAGGGAAUCUGACAUUUCUCAAGACGUACUGGGUCACCCUGCCAGGCAACCUGUGCAGCAAAAAAGUAACGGCCAGCUCAGCGGCGGACGACAAGUGUUGGAACGGGAUGACCAAGGGCAGUUACCUGCCUGAAGUGAUGGGGGACGGCCUAGCUAAUCAGAUUAACAACCCAGAGGUGGAGGUGGACAUCACCAAGCCAGAUAUGACCAUUCGCCAACAAAUCAUGCAGCUAAAGAUCAUGACAAACCGGCUGGGCAACGCCAACAUCGGGAACGACGUGGACUUCCAAGACACGAGUGAUGACAUGAGUGGCUCUGGGAGUGGCGACAGCUGUCCUGACGAUGUCUGUGGUAAAAGACUUUCUAAGAGCCCCAGCACCAGGCAGCCAGAAACGCACGCUAUUCCUAAGCAGUCUGGACAUGGCAUCAAUGGGGCCAGCAGCAGAUCUUUGCCUUCUGCCUUCCUCCUCCUCGUCUCAGCGGCUUUCAUUGCCGCGCAGCACUUGUGGCGGUAACUCACUAGCACAGCCAGGAAAGAGACUGCGGCCGAGGGCUUCACUUUGCCAAAACCAACCAACCAACCAAAGGACAUAUUUAAUUCACCUUGGCAAAAAAAAAAAAAAGAAAAAAAAAAAGGAAAAAAAAUAAAAAGGAAGGGAAAAAACAAAAGGAAGAAAAAAAAGGGGGGGAAGAGGAAAAGGUUUCAGUUGUUUGCUAUUUCUGGCAGUGCUCAAGCUGUUUUCUUCUUUCUUGGUCUCUUCCCCAGCGCUGGGCCCCUCUUUCUGUACCUCAUUGUUUUACUUUUGCUCUUGCAACAAACUGGCUCUUGGGGCUGAAACAAGCCUGUGCAGGGAGGUGUCCAGGAGGACCCCCAGCCGGCUCCUCCACAAGCAGCUCUCCUGCUGCCUCCAGUGGAAUAUGCAAUUGCCCUGAUCUCGCUCCCCAGCCACUGGCCAGAGCGCUGCUUGCCACGGAGCUGCUGAAAGCACGACGGUGCCAGGAGCGACACCGCUGCAGGACGCGGAGAGACUGAGAUGGUCGCAGUGCAGUGUGAGUGCUGCAGCCAGGGGCUCUUGCAGGUCUUUCCUCUGUACUUCCCAGGCAGGCAGAGGUGCCCCAUGGCUUCCAGCGGCAUGCGGAGGAGCGUGGGCAGGUUUGGUGGGUUGAACUGCAACAGUUUGGCAGUGGCUGUUGGACCCAAAAAUGCAGAACUCCCUUUUUCUUUGGAAAGGUCACAAGUGGGUUCCUUGACUAGAGCUCGUAGCUGACAAGAAUUUGCAGUGUAGGUCUCCUACAUCUAAGUGACUGGGAAUGAGUGUUAGGGGUUGGGGUUUGGGGUAUUUUCCUUUGCAUGCUAGUUGGAAAGCCAUUUUUUACCCAAGUGAUAAUGGUCCAAUUUCUACCUGCAGUGCAGUACAGUACCGUGGUAGAUAACAGAGAGAUGAAAAUAUGCAGAGUGGGGUUCUCCACUUGACAGUUGUGCUGUCUCCUCCUCCUCCUCCUCCUUUUCCUCCUCCUCCUUUGGCCUCAGCCAUGGAUGGGUAUCCCCUUUUUCCUUUCUCUUUCUC